AUGGCUCAACAUCGCAUCAAAUAUGCUGGCAUCAAUGACGAGGCUGAAGGGACUUACGGAGCUGGAUGGGCGCAGCCACUUGAUUGGAAGCGUUGCUCGGGGCUACACAACUACCUCGUAGAGACAAGCGGGAGGAACAUGACUUCCCAGCAAACGACCUGGUGGGACGCCUACGGCGAUGAAAUCUCCCUCGAUCAGCCUGUGGCGAAGACACUCCAUCCAAAUGUUCUUAAGCUCCUCAUGAGUGCAUACGCUCAUCGCGAUGAAGUCGAAGCACCAUUCUUUUGGAAUAUUACUAGCAUCCCCUCGCCGCAUGAGAUGUUCUUCAAUGGUCUGAAUGAAGCCUUUCGGCAGCUGGACAAGCCGGAACAGCAGUGGUUUGAUUCUGGCUAUGAUGAGCUUGAUGAGGGCGAACCUCUCACAGAUGGUGAGUCUGAGCCUAUGUCUGAUGAGGAAGAAACCCCUGAAGAUGCAGAGGACGAACUGGAUGCGGGUCCGCUCGAUUUGGAAAAUCAUCGGUUCAUUACCUUGUACACAAAUGUCGCUGUUCUUUCCGAGGAGAAACCUGUGGGCCUAGUCUACGACCAAAAGGCCCAGAGUGCCGCGUUCAUCGUUGCAAAAUCUGACAUACCUGCUGCAUUCGGGCGGUUCUCGAAGAAAUGGAUGCCGUUGGAGUGCUACAUCGAUGCGUGGCAUGGGUUGGUAGAUAGAGGCAAGAUUGUGGGUACCGACGGCGGGAAGUGGAAGAUGCAUGCGGCGUACGGGACUUGGUCAAGCCCACAGCAACGGGAUGACGGAAUCGUAGCGCUGGUUCGCGUCUUGUAA